AUGUUGUUCCACGCGGCGGGCGCGGAGGGCAGUCGGCCGACGUUCUUCGAGAUGGCGGCGGCGGACUUCCUCCCCGCCUCGCUAAAAGCCGCCGCGCUAUACGCCCUCGGGGUGUUGGCACAGCACCGUCCCUCGCUGCACCGCCUGCUGGACCACAGCGACGAGCUCUCUGCUGCUGCGCUGCUGCUGCUGGAGUGGCACUCGCUCAAAACACAUGGCGCCUCCUUUGGUGAGUCCAUGUACGGCCUUCGCCGCAUCUCCACCGUUCCCCACCGCCCUUCACCCAGCCAAGCAGCACUACGAACAGGGGCCACAGCAGGGAGAGCAGCAGGAGGGGCGGAGGGGGCAGGCAGAGGAGAGAGGGCGGCAGGGGGACAGGAGGGCGGGUCAGCAUCAUACGGCAUGUCUCGCAAGCAGCGGGCGCUGUCUCUUCUCUUUCUGGUUCUCCUGCCCUACCUGCGCGCCAAGCUGCAUGCUCUGUUUGCUAUAAGCUGUAGCCCUACCACCACCCUUUCAUCUCUCCACUAUAACCCAUACCCUCUACCACAUACCAGGUUCUCCUGCCCUACCUGCGCGCCAAGCUGCAUCCUGUACCCAUCCUUACCCAUUCGUCUCUCCACCACACCACAUCCCUUUUACUGCACGGCAGGUGCUGCUGCCCUACCUGCGCGCCAAGCUGCAUGCUCUGUUUGCUGUUCGCUAGAGGCAGAGGCAGGCCCGCUCUUUAAGUCGACUCAAAACACACCCUACCCUUUACCACAUACCACAUACCAGGUGCUGCUGCCCUACCUGCGCGCCAAGCUGCAUGCUCUGUUUGCUGUUCGCUAG